AGUAUCAGCUCCUCUGAUUGGCCCGUGGAACAGCAGUGACAAAUCAUCAGGGAGAUUGUUAACAGUUGAUGUUUGGUAUUAUGGUUUGAAAAGAUGUCGCUCAAUCGGAGUAUCGGCAGUGCGGAGUACAUGAAAAAAAAGAUACCGAAAAACGAAAAGUAUCAACAUGUCAAAACCAGGCUGGACACAGGAUGCAGCCUUACAAAAUAUCUGGAAAAAAUCGAGAAUAUAAAAAAAAAUUACAGGUAUCGAAAAGAUGAAAUCUUCAAGCGGUUGAAGGUAUCAACAUUUGCACAAUUGGUGCUUCAGGUAGCCUCCGUAUCGGAGCUGAAUGAUAGCGAGAUUGACGGCGAGUCACACAGGACAGAAGACUGUCUGUCCGUGGCGUCUGACGUCGACCUGGAGUGCCUGUCUGAACGCACCAACGGCUCCCCACAGGCCUCACCUCCUCCAGCUCCCCAGCAGGCAAGAGAUGCCGGGGAAAUCUGCCACUCUGCCAGGUCGACACUACUAAGUGUCAUCAGUGGCAUGGGGGAGAUGAACGUGGACCAGAGCCGCCGGAACGCGCCGGGCCCCGAGCGCGCCGACGGGCCCUACCCCGACUGCCCCUACCUGCUGCUGGACGUGCGAGACCGCGACCAAUACGACUGCUGCCACAUCAUCAGCGCUCACAGCUUCCCCAUCGCCACUCUGUCUCGGACAAUGAACCCCUACACCAAAGACGUGCUGGAAUAUGUAUCCUCCAACAAAAGAUUCACCUGCUGUCUUUCCUCAUCACGUAGUAAACCUGCGAAUCUGUGUGGAGACCAAAAUCUAUGGAAAAACAAGGCCCACUGUGAUUGUGAACUUAACCCGCGACACUUCACAGAAGAACGCCGCGGGGAGGAUCAUCAUCGUGUACGACGAGGACGAGAGGACGGCCGGCCAGGCGGCCACCGCCAUGUGCCAGCGGGGGUUCGACAACCUGUUUCUGCUCUCCGGGGGUUUAAAGGUGAUCGCUCAGAGAUUUCCAGAGGGGAUGACGACGGGCUCCAUCCCGGCCUCGUGCUCCUCCCCCUUGCUGAGGGCGAAGAGGAGCUCCGCGCCGCCACCGGCGGCGGCCGAGGAGAGGUGGCGGUUCACGUCGGACGAGCUCAGCAGGAUCCAGGAGCAGCUGGAGGAGACACUCAUCCCCAGCAACUCCAGCAGCCGCAUGUCGUCCAGCCGCACGUCGUCCAGUAGCUCCGCCUCCAAAGCGUCCAGCGCUCGCAGCAGACAGAGUUCCUCCGUCUCCUUGAGGGACGGCGCGCGAGUUCAGAGCAGCAGAGCCUGGAAAUAACCCCCCCCCCCCCCCUCCUCCUCCACGUACCUCCGACACAAGGUCCCUUUAUUGCUCACGUCCCUUUAGCACGCGGACGCUGAGUAUUGAAUUCUGAAACGACACAAAAGGGGAAAUUAUAGAAAUAUUUGUAAUCAAUAAAAGGAGAUUUUAAAUCCGUAGGAACGUAACACAGACAUUUUGUUUCAUAGUAAUGCCGAGUUCUUUAUCCUCCUCUAAGAGAUAUUACGUCAGAAGUAUUUUGUUUUUCUUAUAAUAUUCAAUAAAUGCUGCAAUCUUUGCACAGGGCCUCGUCUGAGAACUGAUGAUUUUUUUUUUUGUUCAUUAUUUUUCAUCCACCAGCUGAUGAACCUCAACAGAUGAUGAUGUCAUUCCGUUCUAAUCCUUUCUCCUCUUUCACAUUACUUCAUCCACAAAGGUCCAAAUUGACUCGUCAGUGUGACAGCUGACAAAUAAAUGUUGCCUAUAAUGUAACGGAUGGGGUGUCAUUUAAAUAAGGAUCCAUUUUGUAAUAUUAUGAAAAGCUGCAGUCAUUUUGUAAUUUUCUCCACAUUCUCAUUGCUGUGAUCCCUUAACUGACGACAACCCUUUCAGCCGCUGAUGUGUGUGUGUGUGUGUGUGUGUGUGUGUGUGUGUGUGUGUGUGUGUGUGUGAAAGGCACUGUUGCAUUUAUAAGUACUGUUUCAUUGAUAAGCAGUAUUUCUGUGUGGCCUUUUUAUUUUGUUGGCAUAUUGGUGACUUAAUACAUUGAUCUUUUUAUUCUGAAUACACUUAUAGAGUAUAGUAAUGUAUGGAGUCGGAUCACAUAAUUUUAUUUGUAAAUGAGUGUCGGAUUUAAAGGGUAUGAUUGUUUGCUGUAUCUCAAUGAGUCAGAACGUUGGCAAAAGCAACUGAAUGAUUUAUUUUGUUCAAUGACUUUGAAUAAAAUCUCUUUUUGAGAGAUGCUAACGUAAUUCGGUAGUGAAGAACGUAACAACCUCAUAUUCUGGUGACAUCAGGGUAAUGGCAGAAAUGUGAAGAAGAAAGAAAAUGUAAAAAUGUAACCCAUAAGCAUCAAAUAAAACAAAAAUAAAUCCUGUGAUCAUAUUGGUAGAAAUAUCAACCAAUACAA